AUGGCACUGACCUCAGGAGCUGCUUUAGGACAUGGAUCCCAAAGGAGCAAGAGGCAGCAGGAAGCGCCGCUGAUCUGCACAGACCUUUGCCUGCUGCUGCCUCACAGGGAACAGGGAGCUGCUGAGGAGCCACAUGGUCCAUCCCUGGAUUCUCCAAGCACUGACUCCCCAUCCACUCUGACCACAUCCAGGGGCCACAUCCCACUGCCUACCCAGCGUCCAUCCGUGGAGGGGAGCACCAUGUCCCCACAUCCUGUCUCACCCACUGAAGGAGAUGAUCUGUGUGAGACAGAUGUCCCCAGCGUGGCCAUCCACAGUGUGACACUGCUCAUCUGCCUCUGUGGGCUGGCUGGGAAUGGGGCUGUCAUCGGCCUCCUCAAACUGAAAAGGAGUAAUUAUCGCAUCCUUGAUCUGGCUGUCAUUGACUUCCUCUUCCUCCUCUUUGCGGUCCCCUCCACCCUGCUCUUCCUGGUGGAGGACGUGUCCUGCUCUCCUAUUCUGCCCCUGCUGUACCUCAGUUUCAUUUUCCAGCUGUCAGUGGUCUCCUGCUACUGGGCGCUGUUGCGGCUGAUACUCAGGAGGAAUGUGCAGUAUAUGUACACGCUCUGCAAGCUCUGCUGCCACUGCAACCUUCCCAAGCGCCUGUCGUUGGUGGUGGGAACCGUCCAAUAUUGGGCCUUCUUUGCUCUCUUCACUGUCAUUCCCACAGUGACAUUCCUGUGCCCAUCACAUGAGCAGGAGCACUGCCGGGCAGUGCUCAUCUCCGUGAACACCAUCAUCAUUCUCCUUUUUGCUGCACCCAUGGUCAUUUCUCACACAAUUGAUUUCAUUAAUGCCAAGUGGGGCUCCCAGCAGCAGCAACCCAAGAGGCGCGACAUCGUUACCUUCCUCAUUGUGCUCUUCACUCUCCUCCUCAUCUUCUGCAAUUUCCUGCAGCAGCUCAGUUACCUCACUGUGCCCUCCCAGGUUGUUUUCCUGCUCAGCUGCAUCCACAGCAGCAUCAAACCCUUCAUCUACUUCUUGGCAGGGAGGUGCAGGAGGUCCUGCUCUUUGGAGUCUGUCCAGCUCUCCCUCCAGAGCGUCUUUGAUGAGCAGAAGGAAAACACAUCCUGCAGGAAUGAUCCUGCCAUGGACAGGGGGUCUGAGCCUGCUGAUCCCUGCCACUGCUCUGCUGAAGGACCCCAGGAGAGUGGCUGA